AUGGAUUUUUUGGACAGCGGUUACCUGGAAGCGCGGUCUCCUUAUGAUUACACCUUUAAUUUUUGGAACGACUACCUCGGCCUGUCCACACUCGUGGCAAAAAACAAAAUCCACAGCCCGUCCUGCAGCCCCAACUCCAUCACAGAGUCUCUUAAAGCGACGCUGGGCUUGGAGGAUGACUCCUCGGACUGCUCGUGCGUAAUUGGACACGGUGACGGACACUUGGAGUGCUGCUGCGCGGCCCCGGGCUCCCCUCCGAUCUCCAUCUACGAUCUCAAGGAGCGCAUGUCCCUCCUCAGGCCGUAUGAGCACCUUGCAAAUGACUCGCCACUCAGAGACAGAGAUUCGCCUCCUUACAGGGGGAGCUACACCGGCCUCGAUCUGCUCUCCAUGGAGAGGAGGCGCAAACAGACUCAGAGGAGCAAACCGGAGCCGAAGGUGUGCGUCUUCUGUCGGAAUAACGGCGCGCCGGAGGAAGUUUACGGCACCCACAUCCUGAAGACGGCGGACGGCAGAGUCCUGUGCCCCAUCCUGAGAGCGUACACCUGCCCUCUCUGCAGUGCCAACGGCGACAACGCGCACACCAUCAAGUACUGCCCGCUCUCCAAGGACCAGGCGAGCCAGAGAGUGGCGAAGGGGGGCAGAGCGAUCGGGAAAAGGCUGAAAAUCUUCUGA